GGAAGCGAUCUGCUUUGCAGCUGUACUGCAAUGACAGCCUGAUUAUCAAACAAUAAUCAUCAUUUUCGUGCUUCUUUCAUACAUCUACUUCAGCCGUGACGUCUCCAAAAUGGCAGACACCGGCAAUCGUUUGCGUAAGUUGCUGGAAUCCCCCAAUUUCGACCCUCAGUCCUACGUGAAGCAGCUCUCGCAGCAGUCGGACGGAGACCGAGAUUUACAAGAACACCGUCAAAAAAUACAAACACUCGCCGACGAAACCGCUCAAAACCUGAAGAAAAACGUGUACAAAAACUACAGGCAGUUUAUUGAGACGGCUAAGGAGAUUUCCUACCUGGAAAGCGAGAUGUACCAGCUGAGUCACAUCCUGACCGAGCAGAAGAGCAUCAUGGAGAGCAUCACACAGUCUCUGUUGUCCACAGAUAAAGAUGAAGCGGCCAAAGAAAUGCUCGCCGCCUUCCCAAAGGAGACCGAAGAGGUCAAACAAAGGACCCUGACCACUCUUUUGGAGAAAGUGGAGGGCUGCAAGAACAUCAUGGAAACCCCAGGCAGAUAUCUGGUGUAUAAUGGAGACCUCCUGGAGUAUGAUGCUGAUAACAUGUCGCAGAUCCAAAAAGUCCACGCGUUUCUAAUGAACGACUGCUUGCUCAUCGCGACCUGGCUGGCCAACAGGCGCGGAGCGGUUAAAUACAAAUAUAAUGCAUUGUAUGACCUAGAAAGCUUCGCUGUGGUAAACGUGAAGGACAACCCUCCGAUGAAGGACAUGUUCAAAAUCCUCAUGUUCCCCGAUAGUCGCAUCUUCAAAGCGGAGAACAGCAAAAUCAAGAAAGAGUGGCUGGAGAUUCUGGAGGAGACCAAGAAAAACAAAGUGGCGAAAGACAAGCAUAAGAAGGAAGAGGAGGUGCCAACAUCUCCAGUCCGUCAGGAGGUCUCCACGAACCCAUUCGAUGAAGAUGAGCCUCUGGAUUCGGAGGAACAUGUGGAUUUGAGUCCUGAAUGGAUCCAGGAGCUUCCUGAAGACCUCGAUGUUUGCAUUGCUCAGAGAGACUUUGAAGGAGCUGUUGAUCUUCUAGACAAGCUAAACGAAUAUCUAAAGGAGCAGCCGGUGAGCCCACGGGUGAAGGAGCUCAGGGGGAAGGUGGACGAGCGUGUCCGACAGCUAACGGAGGUUCUGGUGUUUGAGCUCUCGCCUGAUCGCUCUCUCCGUGGAGGACCCAAAGCUACAAGAAGAGCUGUUUCCCAGCUGGUUCGCUUAGGACAGUCGACGAAAGCCUGUGAGCUCUUUCUGAAGAACCGAGCAGCUGCUGUGCAGACCGCCAUCCGCCAGCUUCGCAUCGAAGGCGCCACCUUGCUGUACAUCCAGAAGCUCUGCAACAUCUUCUUCACGAGCCUCCUCGAAACUGCAAGAGAGUUCGAAACUGAUUUCGCCGGCGACACCGGCUGCUACUCCGCAUUUGUGGUCUGGUCUCGCUCGGUGAUGAAGAUGUUCGUGGACGCCUUCAGCAAGCAGGUGUUCGACAGCAAGGAGAGCUUAUCUACUGCUGCAGAAUGCGUGAAGUUCGCUAGCGAACACUGCAAGCAGCUAAGCGAGAUCGGUUUGGAUCUUACCUUCAUUCUGCAAUCGCUACUAGUGAAGGACAUCAGGGCGGCUCUCCAAAGCCAGAAGGACAUCAUCAUCGAAGCCACCAGACACCGUAACUCUGAGGAGAUGUGGAGGAGGAUGAACCUCAUGACUCCCGAAGCGCUGGCCAAGCUCAAGGAGGAAAUGCGAAGCUGCGGGAUCGGUAGUUUCGAGCAGUACACUGGAGAAGACUGCUGGGUCAACCUGAGCUACACCAUCGUGGCCUUCAGCAAGCAGAUGAUGGCCUUUCUAGAGGAAGGACUUAAACUGUACUUCCCAGAGCUGCACAUGGUGUUCCUGGAGAGCCUGCGGGAGAUCAUUCUGGUGGCGGUGCAGCAUGUGGACUACAGUCUGCGCUGCGAGCAGGAGGCUGAGAAAAAGGCUUUUAUUUUGCAGAACGCCUCGUUCCUGCAUGAAACAGUGCUUCCUGUCGUGGAGAGGAGGUUCGAGGAGGGAGUCGGGAAACCGGCCAAACAGCUGCAGGACCUGAGGAAGAGCUCCCGAUCUGUCAGAGUCAACCCUGAGAGCACCAUGUCUGUGGUUUAAUGUAGAUGGGUAAAUUAAUGACACCGCACAUCCACAUCACAGCUCUUAAAGUGCUCUAAGCUGCAUUUUAGUGCUGUUAAAUGAUUAAUCACAACUAAUCGCGUAUAAAAUCGAAUAAAAGUUUGCAUUCA